AUGUACCAUACGAUCGGUCCGUGAGCAACAAUAAUCAGUCUUAUUUUACUUUCUCAUUCGUGUCUGGUUAGCUUCCAAUCAGUUGUGUCUAAUAUACCUAGGACUGAAAUUUGUGUGUCUACGAAACUGUACAAUUACAGCUGCCCACAGUCUUGCCAAUUGCUUGUGGCUAGUGGACAAAGAAGCACAGUGUAUCGUUUUCUGCCAAACAAAUUGGCUUAGUGGUGCACUUUCCUUCGUUUUCGCAAGGAAGUGAAAUUCAACUACAAGCUCAAGGUAUUCUCUUCUCACGUUAGAACUCAAGUGUAACUGUGUUAUAGAUUCCAAUACAUCACGUGUUGAGGGAACACUGACUAGAAUACGGCCACAGAGAGUCGUUCUGAGUUGCUAUCGUACGUCCCAUAGAGGAUCGAAAAGGAACGAAGAUGUCACUGCGAGCUAUACAGAAAAGGGACAGGAACAAAUUAUCAUCUGCGCAACAGAAACAAAAUCACUUUAUCAACAAAAGUCGUAGCUUCGUCGGAGGUUCAACAGGCGCAGUUAGCAUUAGUAGCGACAGUGUUAGUGCUGGUGCUACUGGCAGUGGUAAUCAUCAUCAGCACCAGCAUCAUAGUAGUAAAAAUGAAAAGUGGAGAAAUUCAAGUACCACCAGCAUACCAUCUGCAACGGCAACCGUAGGAUUACUGAAUCACCAGAAACGCUCUAUUUCCUGUCCGAGUCUGCAGGCACGCAACACGCAUCAACUAUCGACAGCGCAACGGUUCACCAAGUCCGAGAGUGAUCUAGACAGCGCUUUGGGCCCCGGUGGGGCCCCAGCGAAUGCCGCCUCCACCAAUCCGGAUAGUGGUUUCAGUGCCAACAAUCUGUACCUGGGUGCCAAAUCCGAAGUGUGCCUUAAAACGUUAGCAGUUAAAAGCACCAACCAGCCACCAGCUCCGUUUCGCAACAGCACCACCACCGUCAUCGGGAACCGCCCCAGGAUGUACGAAAGCAGUCGGCGACCAUCGGACAGCAGCGGCACUGAGCUGGGCCGGGCUGAUAAGUAUGCUGGAAUGAAUAAUAAUAAUGUUGCCCUGCGAAUUCCGAUCAUCGGGUAUGAGGUCAUGGAGGAGAGAGCGCGGUUCACCAUCUUCAAGCUGCGCAUCGAAAAUAGUAUCUCGCACACGUGCUGGCUGGUGCUCCGGCGGUACACCGACUUCGUCCGGCUGCACAUCACCCUGCGAACGCUCUUCCCGCAUUGCAAUCUUGUACUGCCCAAGAAGAAAUGGUUCGGAAACAACUUUAACAGCGGUUUCAUCGACAACCGGAUACAGGGCCUGCAGAGGUUCAUCAACACCAUCCUGGGCGAUGAUGCGAUGCGAACCUGCCCGACCGUGCGGGAGUUUUUCUGCCUCGAUGAACCACCCACCUAUUCGGAAAGUAUGGAGGAAUCUCGAAUAAUUUUUGAAGCUCAAGAAGAAACCAUAGCGCAUCUCAAGCAGCAGCUUCAAACCAAAGACGAACUGAUUGCGGCCCUGCAUGCCAAGGUAGCUAGUGAAACCAAUAGGAAUAAGGUGUUGACCAAUGUAAUAAGAAAUAGUUUUGAAAACUGCCCCAAGUGUGCGAAGCAGUUGGACAAUCAUCUGAAGGAGUUUUCUUACAAAUAGGGACAAAUGCUGGUGGCAUGCCCCCACAACCGCUUCCACUAGUUUGAUAUUCGCAUAGUUAGAAUAUAGAGUACUAGCAAUCAAGAAUUGAUGCCUUAAAACUGUGUAACAUUUACUGUGAGAAACUGUUUAAACUGCUGACCGAAUAAGCAAAUCAAUUAGUUAUUUAUGCUCAAACACUGUAUAUGGUUUACAUGCAAUUACCAAUAACUCAGCGAUAACAAAAAGUAAAUAAAAAUAUAUGAAUAUAAA